GGAGUGCUAGCGCCAUCUGCGGCGAUUAUCAUAUAGUCAACAUUUGGAAACAUGGCGAAGCAUCAUCCAGAUUUAAUUUUUUGUCGCAAACAGCCUGGUGUUGCUAUUGGUAGACUGUGCGAGAAGUGCGAUGGGAAGUGCGUGAUCUGUGAUUCCUACGUGAGACCGUGCACACUGGUGAGGAUAUGUGAUGAAUGCAACUACGGCUCGUACCAAGGCAGAUGCGUGAUCUGCGGAGGUCCUGGAGUGUCUGACGCGUAUUACUGUAAAGAAUGCACAAUACAGGAGAAAGAUAGAGAUGGCUGUCCCAAGAUUGUGAACCUCGGAAGCUCCAAGACAGAUCUGUUCUAUGAAAGAAAGAAAUAUGGAUUCAAGAAGAGAUGAUGAUUGCACGGAAGCACUUGUAAAUACAGUAGUCUUGUAGUUCUGUCGUCAUUUUCAUUCUAAUAUGUAUGUGUAUAGGGGGUGUGAUAAUAAAAACAAUGAUAAAAGUAAAGGGUACUUACGUUGUGCAUGUAUCCACCUUGUUAGGUGAUCAAGGUGCUCCUAUAUUACCCUGGCUAAGCUAGUCUACCAAUUCCAGUGCUUACAGCUAUUUGAGGAAUUACUUCCUGCUGGUACCUAUUUAUCUCACCUGGGUUGAGUGCAGCAACACAUUGUUGAUCAAUUCAUUUAUGACGGGUAUUAUAUACCAUAUCACUCCCACAAAACAAUUGUAAAUCUGAGUAAAGCAACACAUAAGACAUUCACCUCUGUUAGUGUUUUUUUUUAUGCUUGGAAUUUUGAAAUCUUUGUAUUACCGGUAAUAAACAUGUGUAUUGAUUAAUACACACUACAUGUACUCUCUUUAAAUAGGUAACGGCCUAAGUUGACCUUUCGUAAGUCAAAUAAUCGUCUAAAUUGAAGCAAUUUUUUUAGACAAGAAUAUUCUAAACGUGUAAUAUACAUACCUGUUCUAAGUCGAAUUCCUCCCAAGUUGAAAAGAUUCCUGGGGUCCCAAAAUAUUCAACUCUGGCAGAGUUUUCUGUAGUGGGUAGAAUAAGUAAGGACAAUUGAGAUAAUACAUGCAAGGUCUCUUUAUUCAAAAGUUAACCUUUCAGCUCCUUGAAGAUAUCUUCAAGAGUUGAGAAACUGUUUAUCUCAGUCUUAGAAUUUAUCAAUGCUGCCCUCUCUAGGCAAUCUUGUAGAACAUGAUAUUAAUGAAAUAUGCAUUUCCUUCUGGUGGAUUGUUUAUAGAGAGUAAGGAUCACAUCCAGUUUAACUUAGGCCAUGGUCUAACUGCCAAGAUUAUGGAAUGCCAAAAGUAUCAACAUUCUGUUUACUUUCUCUGUUUCUCGCAUUUACUUUGUUCAUUUCUCAUGCUUUUAAUGGUGUAUAAAUCUAUUUUCAGUGUUAUGUAUAGACAGUUUUGAACGAUUUGAGUGUCAAAUGAGCUUAUAAAUUGGACCUGUACUGUUACAGAUUUGUGCACUAUGAGCUAUCCACUGUUAAAUCACACCCUCAUACCUGUUUGAAUUAAAUUAGAGUUCAGAAAGCGGACCAUAGAGACUAUAAUGAAGUUAAUCCUUGUAGUGAGUAAAGAUGUAUAUCCUUGAGCAAUCUUAUGUCUUUGUUACUGUGUAAGACUGAAAUACUCAGAAGAACUACCUUUUUUUGGCAGAAGCAGAAACUAUAACUUUAUGAUAGUGUGAUGUAGUGGGUUUUUUCAAUGGGUCAGACACACUUUGAGUUUAAUGUCAAGGUUGGUCUCUAAUUAGGAAGGAAUGUAUUUAUUGGAUUGUUUGGCCAAUUAGACCAAGCGGUUAGUAGAUAAACUGGUUAUAGAUGAAGUACUUUUAGAAAAUCUGAGACGAAAUUGAAGGGCAAGUAGACUUACAAACAGCAACUUAACUCUUUGCACACUGAAUUAAUUUUGGGGGGAUAAUAAUGACAAUUGUUUCCAUGUUAUUUUCUUUAAUUCAAUAUUUUCAUAUUGCACCAUUGAUACUUAUUAUUAUUACAUAGAUGUUAUCCAAGAACUAUUGCCUUUUAUUAGCUUAUAAAUUUGAAGGUAGGGGAGAAAACCAAUUAUUACGAUUGUUGAAUUUAAUUGUACGAAUGUGCAAGAUUGCAACAUCAAUGCGCAAAGGGGCAAUAAACACCAGUUCUGGUGAUGUUUUCAAAAUUAGUUCGAACAGAAUCCAAUAUAUGUGCCAAAUGGCUGUGGAGAAAAAUAUGUCAUUGCUGAGAAAAUUAGCAAAAUAAGCACAGAAUUCCAUCAAAUGUCGAGUAUUUUCCAAGCAAUAUUAAAUACGCUGUCCCACAUAUGACUUUUGUGUUAGUGAUCAUCAGAAUUAUCGAUUUUCAUCAAGGAUUUCAUGAUUUCAAAAAGAUAAAUUUGUUUCAAUGUACUAAAUUUAGAUAUUUAACAAUCCGUAGGCAAUUAACCUUGAAUUUUUGAAUUUUUGAAAUAAUUGUUUGCUGCAACUUCUUUCUUUUAGCUUUAAAAUUCUGAUAAUUAUGAUCGAAAUAAAAGUUGAAAUAGAUAUUUCAGUCUGAUUUUUAGAGUGACUUAAUCAUAAAUAUGGUCCGCACAUUGAGGCAAGGAUUUUCUCAUUUGAUACUUUUCAUCUUAUCUCUGUUGGAUUUUUUAAAAAACUCUUAUCAGUAACAACCAUAAUGGCUAAAUUGCUAGACUUGGGCAUCCAUAACUGUUCAUUCGUCUUUGCCUAAUGAAGAAACUGAAAAUGUAAACAUUCCAAUAGUCUGACUCUUGACAGCUAUCACAUCAAUAACUCAGAACUUAAAACAUUUUUCAACAGUUCCCCGCAUGCACUUGUUCUGUGAUGUGAUGACAAUUUGAUUUUCUACUAUGUACAUUUUCAAUAAAUCGUAGAUCAUAAAAA